AUGGGCCAAUAACAAGCAAAGCCAGACUCUCAGAAACCGAAGAAACCGGUUUGUUCACUCAUGGCAUGUAAGAAAUCUCAGUGUGAAUACCAUGCUAUGCAGUUUAGUUUACUCAGUACUGGUCUGCCAGUAACUACAGCACAUUUGUUACAAAAUUAAGUUCUUUUGAUACUUGUACAUCAUCUCAAUCCCACUCACAGAGGAGUGCAAAGUACCCAAAAAAAAGGAGCCUGUUCACUGGGAAAUCAGCUAAAAGAUACCGAUUUAUCAUCUGCAGCAGAAGCCUGAAACGGAAACUCAAGCUUCCUUAAAACUAAAGUCACAUCUCAUUUCUCAUAUACCCCCGAUAUGGCACCAAGAUAAACGUUUUCAUGAAGUGGAAGCAACUUGCCAUAUGUUCCUUAUGCUUUACCUGAAGGACAUGAUGUGCAGCAGUAAGAAUGCGGAUAUGAAAUAACAAAAUUCUCCUAUCAACUGCAAAAAACUGGUUAAGAGGCACCUGCAGCUCUUUAAGCUUGAUGUUUAUCACUGUCACCAGUGACAACGGACACUCCUAACACCCUUUAUUUGCUGUGCUACGUUUACAGAAUAAGAGUUCAAAACAGGCCACUCUGAAGAAAAAUGCAAGAACAUCACGAUUAAAAACAUCUGACAUUCAGAAACGGAAUAAUGAAAGACCGCCUUCAGGAACUUAAGCAGGCAGCAAAGGAACAGGAGCUCUGCAAACAAAAUACACCUGUACAUAGUAAAACUCCACAAAAUGAAGAAAAUUUUCCACAACAUGCUAUUAUAUUUGAGAAAGAGCCAGUCAUUGAUGGCUUCCUGCAGGAUGGACAGCGUCUUCAAGAGGACAUUGAUAAUUUGGCAGAUGAUGUCCAAAGAUUUGGCCAGCAGCAGAAGAGCUUAUUAUCGUCAAUGAGGCGAUUCAGUGCCAUUAAGAUAGACAGCACAAAGGAUGUCAAGACUAAAGCAGAGAAUAUUAAGAGGCGCUUGGACAACCUGGCUAAAGAAGCUAAGAAGUCUGAGGCUGAAAGUGGGUCAUCAUCAGCUGUUACAAGGAUUCUAAAAACUCACCAUGCAGUACUAUUCAACCAGUUCCAAAAUGUCAUGUUACGGUACAACAAACUCAUAACAGAAAAACAGGAAAAAUGCAAAACCUUCAUUGUACGUCAACUGGAAGUUUGUGGAAAAGAUGUUUCCGAAGAAGCAGUGGAGGACAUGCUAGAAAAAGGCAAAUGGAACAUUUUCAGUGAAAACAUCCUUACAGAUGUCAAGAUCACCAAAGCACAGCUGUCUGAAAUAGAGCAACGCCACAAAGAACUGAUUAACCUGGAGACCAAAAUGAGAGACCUGAAGGACCUUUUUCUUCAAAUAUCCAUAUUAGUGGAAGAGCAAGGAGAGAUGAUAAACAAUAUUGAAACAACUGUGACUAACACAGAAAACUACGUUCAAAAGACAAAGGAGCAGUUUAAGUCGGCAGCCAAAUAUAGGAGAAGAAAUCCUUGCAGAGUGCUGUGCUGUUGGUGUUGCCCAUGUUAUUAAACUUUUGUACUACAGCAGAAAUGUGACAUAGGACAGCAGUACAGAAAGGGGACAAGUUCCAACUCCAAUUCAGUCUACAGUCAAACAAAACAGCCAAACGAGAAUGCAGUGCUUCCCAGCAUAAAAUGUCCACAUGUACCAUCAAUUUUAACACUGCUUUCAUUAACUGACAUCUGAAGUGCCUUGUAAGCAUUUAAUCUACUAUACUAUUCCCUGCAUUGUUCUCUAACCAACAGGACUUGCACACUAACCUCGGUUUGCUGUCUGUAUUAAACAGAUUACAGAAAUAUUUAGGUGAUAUUAGUGCUGACAACAUUUUCCUUUCCAUGACUGUUAUAUAAGCAUUGAUCUGUAUGCGAGGCACGUGGUGCUCUAAAGCAGGCAUCCUAACACUUAUUUUCUUCUGCAAACAGAAAUUGAAAAAACCAAAACAAAAAAGAUUACAGCACAUUAAGCCUGAGUUUUUAGUUUCACUGUUUAUCCAGCUUUUCUCUAUAACCACACCUACAAAAUGGUGUUAUGAGCGGUAUUUUGCAAUGCUUUAUUUAUAAAUUGCAAAGCAUUGUGGGUAAGCAAAACAACUUACCUCUUUACAGGACCAGUUUCUUUGUUACACUAUGAUUUCACUACUACAUCAUCCUGUCAAUUUACAAUGUGAGGUAUUCCACAGACAACCAGCUGACAACUUGUC